UUGGUGGAGGGUUUUGUUGUAUCCAAUGGCUGCCUUUUUGUCCUUAAGUUUCUUACUUCUUAUUCAGCCAACUUUUCAGCAAUCAGAUAGCAACAAGUUUCUGAUAUACAAUGAAAACCUCAACCUUUGUAUACAUCAAAACGCUCGUUCCACCAUCCUGGAUUACUGUAAUGAGGCUACUGAGGGGCAACAUUUCAAGUGGGUUUCCGAUUACCAGAUACUGAACAUGGCAGUCAACUUAUGCCUGGCAGUGCCUUCAAGUUCCAGUGAGGCCCUGGUCACACUCUUACCCUGUAACAAGACCAGUGCACUUCAGAAAUGGGGGUGCAGAAAUGAUACCCUUGCACUUGAAGGAGAAGAGCUGUUUCUACAGCCUAACGGUGGACCUAAGAGUGGUGUGAAGUUGUCUAAAACAUCCAACUCCAAGAGUGCCUGGAAAAUCUAUGGAACAAAAGACAGCUUGUGCUCUAAGGGCUAUGAAGAACUGUUUACUUUGGAUGGCAAUGCCUUAGGAGCCCCCUGUGCAUUCCCCUUCAAGUAUGAGAACAAGUGGUAUGCUGAAUGUAUCCCCGAUUAUCAUGAAGGUGGGCGACUCUGGUGUGGAACAACUGCAGAUGUGGACGAAGAUAGUAUUACCGGAUAUUGUCCUUUAAAAGAUAGCCAUGACGAAUUCUUUUGGAUCACAAAUCACUGGACAGGAGACCAUUAUCAAAUCAAUAGCCAGUCAGCUCUAACAUGGUUCCAAGCAAGAAGAAGUUGUCAGCAACAGGAUGCAGAAUUAGUGAGCAUCACAGAACUAACGGAACAAAUGUAUCUGACAGGUUUAACAAGUAAUGCAAACAUAGAAUACUGGAUUGGACUGAACAGUUUGGAUCUCGACAGUGGGUGGCAGUGGCUUGGGAACCAUCCUUUCCGUUAUUUAAACUGGGCUCCAGGUAAUCCAGAAACGACAAAAAUCUGUGGAUCAAUGGAAGGCGGGAGUGGCAAAUGGGAGAGCACUGAGUGUGAUAAGAAACUAGGAUACAUUUGCAAAAAGGAAAACUCUUCAUCAGAUGCUUCUGAUAUCCCUUCAGAUUACCCUAAGCACAUUAAAUGUCCGGUUGGCUGGGUUGCAUACACAGGCCAAUGUUACCGUCUUCACAGAGACUCCAAGACAUGGAAGGGGGCACAGCUGUCCUGCCGAAAGGAAGGUGGAGACCUAACAAGCAUACACAGCAUAGAAGAACACAGCUUUGUCAUUUCUCAGCUUGGCUACAAACCAACAGAUCUGCUCUGGAUAGGUCUGAAUGAUCAGAAGAUUUCCAUGUAUUUUGAAUGGAGUGAUGGGACACAAGUGAGGUUCACCAAAUGGCAGAGAGGAGAACCCAUGUACCAAAUGAAUGCAGAAAAAGACUGUGUCAUCAUGAGUGGGGAGAAUGGAUAUUGGGCAGAAGAUUUCUGUAGAACAGAGCAUGGAUACAUCUGUAAAAGAGAACCUUUGGCAUCUGGUCCAGAAGAACCUGAAAUUGCUGAUCCAGCAUGCCCCAAAGACUGGAAAAGGCAUGAUUUCUAUUGUUACUUAAUUGGAGAAACAUUUCAGACAUUUUCAGAAGCAAAGCUAUUCUGUGAAGACCACAGAGGUUCUCUGACUUCUGUGGAGAACAGAUAUGAACAAGCCUACUUGACUAGUCUAGUUGGGCUGCAUCAUGAGAACUAUUUCUGGAUUGGCCUUUCAGAUGUAGAGCAACCAGGGACAUUCAACUGGACCAAUGGAGACAAAGUUCUGUUCACCCACUGGAAUUCCAAAAUGCCUGGACAAAAUCCUGGCUGUGUGGCCAUGAGAACUGGAACUGCAGCUGGAUUGUGGGAUAUUCUGAGCUGUGAGGAGAAAGCACACUUCUUCUGUAAACAAAAGGCAGAAGGCGUGACACCACCUCCAGUCCUGCCACCAACUACCCCACCUCCAUGCCCAAGAGACUGGUCUCCAUUGGGAAGUAAAUGCUUCAAAGCAUUUUAUGAUGGGAAAAAUUAUAAGCAAACUUGGCUUGAGGCUCGAGAUUUUUGUCGAACAAUUGGAGGAGACCUGCUUUCUAUCCAUAGUAAUGAAGAACAGCAGCUGAUCAAAAGAUUAAACUAUGACAUGUGGAUUGGUUUAAACUUCCUGGACCCCGAAAAAGGAGCUACUUGGAGUGAUGGAUCUCCUGUAGACUUUGAGGAGCCGAAAAGAUGGUAUUCACAUGACAGCACUCGUCCAUGCAGAUUAAUAGAUGGGUAUUUUGGUGUGUGGAAAACUUCAUUAUGUGACCAUCUACAUUCUUGGCUUUGCCAAAUUGAAAGAGGUAUAAGCUUAAAGCCAGAACCAAACAAUACUUUUGAUUAUUCAUACAAAACUAUCGAAGACGGCUGGAUUGAAUAUAAGGGCAAUGAGUACUAUUUCAGUAAUAUAAUUUUGCCUGCUGAACAAGCCCGGAGAUUUUGCAAGAAUCAUGGUGGUGAUCUGACAGUCAUUGAGAGUGAGACUGAACAAAUGUUUUUGUGGAAAUAUCACUUCUUUUAUGGAAAUCCCCAUGAUGCUUACAUUGGUUUAACCGUGGGUCUUGAUAGAAAAUUCGGUUGGUUGGAUGGAACUCCAGUGUCCUAUCAAGCAUGGGCCCCCAAUGAACCGAACUUUUCAAACGAUGAUGAACACUGUGUGGUUAUAACUAACUACUUAGCAGGUGUAUGGAAUGAUAUCAAUUGUGGCUCUAAGCUGAGUUUCAUCUGUGAAAGGCACAACAAAUCUGUUCGUUCAACUGUUGCUCCCACAUCACCCGCACCUCCAGGGAACUGUGAGCCAGGCUGGCUUUUGUUCAACAACAAGUGCUUCCAAAUAUUUGGUUUUCACGAAGAAGACAGAAAAAACUGGGAUGAGGCACGUACUGCUUGCAGUAAUCAAGAAGCAAACCUGGCAACUAUACCAAACAAAGCUGUUCAAGCUUUUCUUACCAUCAACUUUAAAAGUGUUUCAACCAAUGCCUGGAUUGGACUGAAUCAUAUAAAGAAAGCAAGUUAUCUAUGGACGGAUGGAAGUGGUUUUGACUAUUCAAGCUGGGCCCCAGGUUUUCCCAAUUACAAUGGUCAGUGUGUUGUAAUGAUGAAGAGGCCUGAAAGGCAGGCAGGAAAUUGGAAAGAUGAACCAUGUUCAUUAAAGGAAAGCUACAUCUGCCAAAAAAAUACUGAAACUAAGACAUUUCACUCUGAAACAACUGCUCCCGUCUCUGGCUAUACCCAUUAUGGAAACAGCAGCUAUUCUUUCAUUAACUCUAACAUGACAUGGGAAGAGGCAAGAAAAACAUGUCAAUCUGAACACUCAGACCUUGCCAGCAUUUUUGAUCCCUACAGCCAAUCAUUCCUGUGGCUACAGGUGCUGAAAUUUGGGGAGCCUGUGUGGAUUGGUCUAAAUAGCAACAAGACGGAUGAGACAUACAACUGGAUAAAUAGGAGGAGACUCGGGUAUACUAACUGGGGUGCUGAGGAGCCCAAACAGAAAAAAGCUUGUGUCUAUUUAGAUCGUGAUGGUCACUGGAAAACAGGAAAUUGCAACAAAAAACGCUUCUCUGUCUGUGAGAAGUAUCAUGGAAUAAUCCCAACUGAUCAUCCAGAGGUCCCAGGAAGAUGCCCUGAAAUUCCAAAACAGGACCAGAGAUCUUGGAUUCCUUUUCGGGCUCAUUGCUAUUUAGUCAGCAAUGAAAUAAUUAGCUGGCCUUUGGCAUCCAUGAAGUGUACUCAGUUAGGUGCCACCUUGACUUCAGUAGAAGACUUAACUGAAAUGAAUUUUUUUCUGGAACACAUUGUACAACCUGCUCGUUCCAGCUAUUGGAUUGGAUUAUUCAAAAAUGUGGAUGGAGAAUGGAAAUGGGAGGACAAGACUGCUGUAGAUUUUGUCAACUGGAAAAGUGAACCCACGGUUUCUGAUGAAAACUUUGAAUAUUAUAGCUUAUGGAGGAUGCCAACUGAUGACUGUGUUUUCAUGAACAGUGAUGGGGAGUGGUCUAAAGAUUCCUGUGAAUAUCGCCAUUUUGGAUAUAUUUGUAAAACAGACAAAAUUGUUGAAGAUCCAACUACAGAGCCUUCAAAACAGCCAGUUUCCAAAGAGAUUUCUGCAACAGCACGUGGCACAGUUGCGACGGUGGCUAUCUUGGUCGUCUUAAUCUGUAUUGGUGCUGGUAUUGCCGUGUAUAUUGUCUACAAAAGAAGAAGCAACAAACAACAAAUCACUUCUGCCUUCGACAGCCCUGUAUAUCAUGAUGAUGCAAUUAUUCUUCACAAUAGGAUAUCUUGAUAAUUCUGGCAACGAGGGACUUUAAUGAAUGUAUUAAUAAAUGGGUAGAAAUAAGAUUUGUUUCAAGUGUC